UUUUCUUCGAAAGUUUUGUUUGAAAUUGAAUUUUUUCUUGAAAUAUUUAAAGUUCCUUAUUGCCACUAUCAUGGAUAAUAAUGUUUUCUAUAUUAGCAACGACCUUAUUACUACAAGUUCUUCCUAUUACCAUAAAUCCUCUUCGGAUUAUUCGUGUUUCUAUUCCCCCAGUUCCUUUGAAAUUCAUGUUCCAAAUUAUUCCGUUAUGGUCAACGAGGAAAAGUCAGAAGGAAUUAAACAACAGAAACAUUUUAAUUAUCAAACAGAAUGUUUAGUUGAGAAUAACGAGCCCUGUGUUAACAAUAAUGAAGUCGUAAAGAAUGACCUUGCUAAGUCUGCUACAUCAAAAAAUGAACGUCGUAGAAUCAGUGGUGGAAUAAAUGGAGCUUUUGCUGCUCUUCGAAGUCAGAUUCCAACUUUUCCCUAUGAAAAGCGUUUAUCCAAAAUUGACACACUUAAUUUAGCGGCAAGUUUUCUAAAAAAUUUUGUAAAAUACAUUAUUUCGGCUCCCGGACAAUCCGUCAGUGGACAAUCCGGCAGUGGAAAAUCCGUCAGUGGACAAUGCGUCAGUGGUCGGACAAUCGGUCAGUGGACAAUCCGUCAGUGA